AACAAUUUGUGCCUUCUUUUUAUAUUGUCUCCAUAACCACCAGAUAAUAUCAAUAUUCUUCAAAGCAAUGGACCAAGAACAAACACCACAUAGCCCAACCCGCCAUAGUCGCUCACCCCCAUCCUCCGCCUCCGGUUCCACCUCAGCAGAACCGGUUCGGUCCCGAUGGUCACCUAAACCGGAACAAAUACUCAUACUUGAGUCGAUCUUCCACAGUGGUAUGGUUAACCCUCCCAAAGAAGAGACGGUAAGGAUAAGAAAGAUGCUCGAGAAAUUUGGCGCGGUGGGAGAUGCAAAUGUCUUCUAUUGGUUUCAAAACCGGCGGUCAAGGUCCCGUCGGAGACAGCGACAGCUACAGGCUGCAGCUGCAGCAGCGGACGCAACCACCAACACUUGUGACCAGACUAUGAUGGUGAGCAACAGCUUACCACAUCAUAGUGGGAGUGAUUUGGGGUUUGGAGGUUGUAGCACUUCUUCUAAUUACUUAUUUGGUGGGUCAUCUCAAGUUCCUUCCUUUUUUCUUGGUCUCUCUUCUUCUCCUUCUUCUUGUUCAAGCUCCUCUUCCACUUCUUCUUCAGCUAGCUCUUCUUCUUCUUAUGGUGGUGGAUGUGAUAAUCAAAGCAAUAGUGGCAUGGAGAAUCUCUUAACAAUGUCUGGCCAAAUGAGUUACCAUGAAGCUACUCAUCAUCAUUAUCAAAAUCAUAGCUCAAAUGUCACAUCGAUUUUGUGCCCAUCUGAUCAAAACUCCAAUUUUCAAUACCAACAAGGGGCUAUAACGGUGUUUAUAAACGGAGUUCCGACAGAAGUGACGAGAGGAGGAAUAGACAUGAAAGCAACGUUUGGAGAAGAUUUGGUUUUGGUGCAUUCCUCAGGUGUUCCUCUUCCUACUGAUGAGUUUGGUUUUUUGAUGCAUAGCUUACAACAUGGUGAAGCUUAUUUCCUGGUAAUAAUUCUAACUCAAAUAUAUUUUAAUUUUUUGGUAUCAUUUGUUUGUUUUAUUGCUGAUCGAAUUCCUCGUGAAUAUAUUUGUUAUAUUGUUUGGUUUUGAGCAAACGUACCUUUUUUUUGUUCUGUCUCUCUUUUCUCUCUCUCUCUCGAUCCUCACUUUGGUGUUGAAAAUAGGAAAUGAGAUGGAACCCAAUUGGGGUAAAGUCCUAAAUUGUCUGCUGCAAUAUAUUUUAAUCAUCAUAAUUUAAUAUUAGAAAAGUUUUCGUAUAGAGAAAGAGAAUAAUCUAAUUGAUGAGUGUCGGUUUGUGCAGUAAAUGAACAUGAAUUUUUUUAGAGAUAGUUUCUGUAACUGAAGUUUUGUGAUUUGACGAUGAUUCUCACAUCUGAAUCAAACAUAUAUUUAUAUUAUUUUUUAUAUGUGCUCUUAAAUAAAAUUAACACAUAUACGUAUAUCAACAAUUUAUUGAAAUCUUAUUGAAUUCAUUUAAUAAUUUUUCCUGUUAACCUUAGUUCUAUUAAUAAUAAUACUUUAGAAUGUAUUUGGUCACACUGAUAAAUAGAUGCUGAAAACAGUAUGCCAAAAGCAAUAAUCAACUAUGGAAAUUUUAGAAACUUAAACAAUUGUUCAAACUACAGUAUCUUUGUUAUCACAAUAUAAAAAUUACUGUUUUGAUCAAGAAAAAAUCAAAUGCCAGUUUGUACAAUUAUCUUAUAAAAUAGCUAUUUUGAUUUCCUUUUCAGCAUUUAUGUUCUAAUGUGAAUAUAUUAUGUACUAUACUUCUAUCGAAGAUACCUGUAACUCUUACAUAAUUUAUGCAUGGGAGUCACACGUAUAUAUGUGUGUGUAUAUGUAUCCUUUCUUUUCCCCCUUUUUUUUUCCUUUUUUUGUGGUAAAUAGUCAUAUUAGAAAGUCGUGGGGUGAAGAAAUAUUUAUUCGUUUCCUAGGCAAAUGAAACAAUGGGACAAUAUACCCUCUCAUAAUUUCUGCUCUUGAUCACAAAAACAUUUCUCUACAAAUUUGAGUGUCAAAUUUGGCAUUAGGGUUUCCCCCUCUCUCUCUCCCCUCCCCCCUUACUUCACAUAAUGGGAUCCUAUCAAGAGAUCUUUUAGAUCGUGUUUAUUUUUGUUUUGCUUUUUCUUGUUUAGUAUAAAAGAUUUUCUUUUGUUAUUUUUGUUGUUUUCGUUUUGUUAUCGACAGGUUCCAAGACAGACAUGAACUGGCUUUACUCGUAUGUGUGGUGAUGCAACAGAUGUCUUGUUUUUCUACCUUGGACUUUAUUGCAACGGUCCUUCCAUUUUUUCUUUUCUUUUCGAGUCUAUCGUAUAAUCAAAGUUUCUUCUAUUGGUUUUUUUUUAAAAAAUUUUAUUUUGCAAUUUAUUUUAUAAAGAUGAAGUCAAAAGCUCUUGUACGACGAAGAUAUCUAGGUUGUAUCAAUUUAGUUAUUUAGAUGUAAAAUACGUAUGUAUAAUUGAUUUGCAAUAAAAUCUCUGUCUAGGGAUCUCCAUGUUCCUUAUCAUCAAAAAAAUAAAAUAAAAAUCGAGACCUGUCAGAUAGAUCAACAUGG